AUGACUAAUAGCACUGCAAGGAACCAAACUUUCAGGAAGAGGAAGACAGGUUUACUUAAAAAAGCCAACGAGCUGUCAACUCUCUGCGGUGUCAAAGUUUGUGUGGUUAUCAACAGCUGCGACAACACGGAGACGGAGUUUUGGCCGUCAAGGGAAGGCGCUGAAGCAGUGCACUCGGCGUUUAUGGGUGUUCUGCCGGAGGAACGGUGCAAGAAGAUGUACGACCAAGAGAGGCAUCUGGAGGAGAGGAUCCAGAAGGGACAAGCGAAAGCGAUGAGGCUACAAGCGGAGAAUCGAGAGAUUGAGCUUAGAGAGGUUAUGUUCGAUCUUUUCAAGGGGGAGACGCUAAAGCCGCAUCACUAUGAUGAUCCAUGUUUUAUUGGAGAACUAAAUCAUUUUAUUGGUGAUUAUGUCAAAAAUCUAAGUCACAGGAUCGAGUUCCUCGAGGCGAAUGGUGAGCCAGUUCCUCCUAAUGUCGCUGCUACAGAUGCGUCUGGUCCUGUCGUUGGUGAUGCGAACCCUUUUGUUGUCGGAACUGAGGGUUUGGUAAGUAACCCUACUGAAGCUUAUGAUCAUAUGCGUCAAUUUGAUGGUAUGGAUAUGAGUGUGAAGGAGGAGGCUCCUGGAGGUUUUAAUGAUCAUGUUCAUCAUCAGAAUAUGAAUCAUCAAGAACCAUUUCAAUACCAAACUCCUACUAACUUUUAUGAUCAGACUCAGCCCAUGUUUUAUGGUUCGAGCCAGGGUAUGAAUAUGAAUCGUGAAGAACCAUUUCAAUACCAAACUCCUGCUAACUUUGAUGAUCAGACUCAGCCUAUGUUCUAUGGUUCGAACCAGGAUAUGUAUACAGGUUUGAAUCAUGAUCAGGGACAGAGUUCGAAUCAGUAUCCAAAUUCAAACCAAUCGUUCGUGGGUCUUUUGAUGGGACAACCUCAGCAGAUGAGUGAUGGUCAAGAUCCUGCAACCGUUGCUUCGAUGGAUGACAAAAAUAAUGGCUAUUACCAACUACCAAUCACCAGUCAGAUGCUUCUCACCACCACCACCGCCGCCGCUGCCGAUCUUUCUGGUCAUAGGAUCAACAAUGGUUGGCUAACAAGGUUUGGUUUGGAUUGA